UUUCUCUGUUGUUUUAUCCUUCAAAGUUUUCUCAUGAAGCUUUAUUAGUUUCGAAUUUUUACUCGGGUACACAUCUAGAUCAUCACCGGAAAAUUUUCGUUUUUUUUUUCUACCCUACCUUUCUAGGACUUCGUUCUGUAAACCUUUCUUCCUUAUUUAACAACUUUUACACUUUAACACAAAAUAUUUCACUAAAAAUACCAAAGAAGACCAAACAAUACAGAAGAAAUUCUUAAAACAAGGAAAACAAGCUGAAAAACCUAUAGUAUCAUCACCUCUACUUUCUCAUUUCAAACAAACGGCGGUCUGAGAGAGAGAGAGAAGAAAAAAGUUCGAUUGAAAUUGCAUUUUCGUUUUACCCCAAACUAUCUACUGUAACUUUCCUUGUUCACCUUACUCGUGGGUUUAUAAGAACACUGCAACCAUGUAUAUUGUAGGCUUAACAGGUGGUAUAGCCUCAGGAAAGACUACUGUCAUGGAUAUGUUAAAGAAUCUUCGUUGUAAUGUCAUAGACGCUGAAGAAAUUGCCAACCAAAUUCUGAAACCUGGAGGAGCUGGAUGGAAAAAAAUCAAGAAAUAUUUUGGACCUGAAGCCUUUCUUGAUAAUGGUGAACUUAAUCGCAGGUACAUUGCCAACCUUACAUUUAGUAAACCUGAAAAAAAUCAGCUCUUUAUCAUGUUGAUCCAGCCCCUGAUCCGGAGUCAUAUAAUGUGGAAAGUCGUAAGGUUGUUUAUCUGUGGCCAUCAAUUUGUUAUAAUUAACAUUCCAUUGUUAUAUGAAAGUAAGAUGAUGAUGUCCUACAUGAAAUACACAAUUGUCGUUAACUGCACUGAAAACCAGCAGGUUGAACGGCUCCUGAAACUAGGUGAAAUUACAGAAAUGGAAGCCAUGUCUUGGAUUAAAAUUCAGAUGAACUUGUUCAAAAAAAGUGAUCUAGCCACAUUCAUCGUUGACAAUAGCAGCAGUCGUGAGUACACACAAGGACAAGUGGAGCGUAUUGUCUGUCUGUUACGUGCCUCGAAAGCCCAGUGGAAGUCUCGUUCAAUUUUCUUCCUUGGCUUUGUCUCCCUGUCUGUGGCAGCAGCUGCUGUUUACUACACUAAGUUUAAGUAACACUAAUUCCAGCUGCUAGUCUUAGGGGAAAGGGCAGGGUCUGGGAUUCUCAUUGUUUGCGAUGUGGAGCAUCUAAAAUUUUCUUCUUUUUUUUUUUCUUUUAGCAAAGUACCUGUUAUUAGUUAUUUUAAUAAUAGGUUUUGAUGAAACCUAAGGUAGUGUUAAAUAAAACUAACAUUGUUUCCCUAAUCUCUUUUUACCAAUUAAUUAAUAAAUUAACUACAUUUCCAGAAGCAUGUUUUGUUCUUGCUUCCUAGAUUCUUUAAAUAUCGUAGCUUCUUGUGCAACAAAAAUGAAACCUUCAUAAAUUAGGGUUUAAACUCACAGCUCUUAGAAAUAAAAAACACAA